ACAGGAUUCAACACAGAAGGGCUUUCUGCCAGGGCCCCAAGGGUGUGUUUUCAUGCACCAGCAGACGCCCUCUGCUAGCUUAUGCAAGUGGGUUGGGAGGUUGCUAUGUUAAUAUUGCUUAUCUUGGGAGUAUUGCUUCAUGAGGUUCCACUGAGUAGCCAAGAUGAGGCUUCUCCCAAGGCCAGCAGACCCCUGUUUGACUAUGACAGCCUCCGCUUGCCAGAAGAGCACAUCCCCUGCUUUCUGCACAACAAUAGGCAUAUUGCCACCCUCUGUAAGAAAGACUCACAUUGUCCUUAUAAGAAACACUUAGAAAAUCUAAAGUUCUGCUGGGGUUAUGAGAAAUCCUGCAAACCAGAGUUCAGGUUUGGUUACCCUGUCUGCACCUACGUUGACAUGGGAUGGACGGAUACCCUGGAAUCAGCCCAGGACAUAUUCUGGAAACACGCGGACUUUGGCUAUGUUGCAGAGCGGCUGGAGGAGCUGCACGUGCUCUGCCAGCCUAAGGAAGCGAAUGACUCAAGUCUGGUAUGUUCCCGUUAUCUUCAGUACUGCAGAGCAGCCAAUUUCUAUCUUGAUUUAAGAAACAUCAAGAGAAACCAUGACAGGUUUAAGGAAGAUUUUUUCCAGACUGGUGAAAUUGGAGGACACUGUAAACUUGACGUUCGUACAUUGAUGUCUGAAGGUCAGCGUAAGAGCCCGCUGCAGUCUUGGUUUGCUGAGCUCCAAAGCUAUACUCAGCUCAACUUUAGACCUAUAGAAGAUGCUAAAUGUGACAUUGUUAUUGACAAACCAACCUACUUCAUGAAAUUGGAUGCAGGUGUUAACAUGUACCACCACUUCUGUGACUUUAUCAAUCUUUAUAUUACUCAGCAUGUUAAUAAUUCAUUCAGUACAGACGUGUACAUCGUGAUGUGGGACACGAGCACCUAUGGAUAUGGCGACCUGUUCUCUGACACAUGGAAAGCAUUUACAGAUUAUGAUGUUAUACAUUUGAAAACUUAUGAUUCCAAAAGGGUAUGUUUUAAAGAAGCUAUUUUUUCACUACCCCCACGGAUGAGGUACGGACUGUUCUAUAAUACUCCUCUGAUAUCUGGCUGUCAGAAUACUGGCUUAUUCAGGGCAUUUUCCCAGCAUGUACUACACAGACUGAACAUCACACAAGAGGGACCCAAGGAUGGAAAAAUUCGAGUCACCAUUCUUGCCCGGAGCACAGAGUAUCGGAAAAUACUAAACCAAAAUGAGGUUAUCAUGGGCUUUACUCACUACGUUCUCUCUUCUCUCCAUCUGUCUUUUUUGUUCUGUAUUCACAGGGAACUUGGGUUUUUAGAUCAACUAAGGAUUACUCAUAACACUGACAUAUUCAUUGGGAUGCACGGAGCUGGUCUGACCCACUUACUUUUCCUUCCAGACUGGGCUGCUGUAUUUGAACUGUACAACUGUGAAGACGGGCGCUGUUACCUGGACUUGGCUAGGCUGAGGGGCGUAUACUACAUCACUUGGAAAAGACAGAACAAAGUCUUUCCUCAAGAUAAGGGCCACCACCCAACUCUGGGAGAACAUCCGAAAUUUACCAACUACUCUUUUGAUGUGGAAGAAUUUAUGUACCUCGUCCUUCAGGCUGCAGACCAUGUAUCACAACACCCAAAGUGGCCAUUUAAGAAGAAACAUGAUGAGCUGUGAAUGUGUUGAGUCUGUUUGCAAAAAGGGAAUGUUUAAACGCUGCACCACCCACUCACAGUUAAAUUAGUAAAACAACUGGUAUUUCUUAGCCCCAAAUUUGUUUUUCUAUACCAAGCCAUGCCUUUAGGAUAUUACUUAUGGGCCUUAUAGUCUUUAACUGUUUCGUGGGAUUUUUGUGUUAUUGCUAUUUAUCAAGAUACUAUUUUUGCACUGAGAACUUUACUUUUUAUACUUCAAACACAGGCAUGGGCUUGCUGAUGUAGUUGAGCUCCCCUCUUAGGGAUACCAAAGUAUUCAAUUUUCUUAGCUUCAGACUUUGUAAAUAUUUUUGUAGAAUACUGUGGGAUUAUAGUUCUAGAGGCUUCCAAAUGGUUUAUGAUAUAUCUGAGUAAAUUCACAAUGGCUCACUUAUUUGCCAUAAUUUAUUCAUAGCACUAUUUGUGGUAGAAAAGGAGAUGGUAACCCACACACCCACACACCGUUGUGAUUCUCAGCUAUAGGACCAUGUUAUAGAUCAAACAGUGUUAUAAACAGAUCAGUUUUACUCUAUCAGAGUCCACACUAAGUCCUACUGAAUUCUCUGCUCUAUCAUUUUAGUCAGCUCUGGGUUCUAUGCAUCAAAAGCCCGAAUGAAUCAUGCUGCUGUAUUAAUUUAUAUAAACAUGUUUCCUGUAUGCAAAUCAUGUUUUCCCAAAUUGUACAACUACACAUGAUAGAAACAAAUUAGAACACUUUUUAGGACUGUCUUGUCUACCUUCUCGCUGGUUUCCACCUCACUGUGGAGAGCAUUUAUAUAUCAAAUAGUGGUUUCUUUCUUUUUUUUUUUUUUUAGCUGAGCCAUCCUGCCAACCAGCUCAUCGGCAGCUCAGCUCGGGCCCAUGUG